AUGCACAAGAUCAGCAACUUCACUGGUCAGGCCCGUCAUGGCUGGGAACGGAUGACUCCAGCAGCGUUCGGAAUGUCCAGAUUUCAUCAGGAUAUGCCCACGCCGCAACCACUGAGACGUCCACAAGGUUCUCCCGCAAUCGUGUCACCACCCUCAGCCGAAUCCACGAUAGUCAACCUCUCGUUCAACGUCCCCCUGGCCUAUCACCUCGCCGGUCCUGAACCCGAAGACGUUCUGCAUUCGAGCCCCGGUGCAUUUCAACGAUGGACCUUCCCGGAGGGGACCGCCGACGGCACACCGAUCCACAAGCUGCCUGUCCAUGUGCAGAAUGAGGAGAGACUGCGGUCAUUGUGCGCUUACAUCAGUGAGCAGAGUGGAGGCCGUAUACAAGCAACGGUCACUUCCUCGGAGCCGAAGGCUGGGCCUGCUCUGCAUAGAAAGUCGCAGGGAUUGGUGACAAAUGUCUGUAUCUCUGGCGAGGGGGAACUGGUCUAUAAGAUGAGAGCCAAGAUUCUGAAUGAGACUCCGAUCAUGAUGCGUUCCGCGAUCGUUGAUAUCGAUCCUGACUUGAUCCUGGACGGUGCCGAAACGGGCAUCCGCUCCAGCGUGCUGAGCCAUAUUGAUCUUUGUGCCAAGUAUACCGGGACCGAUAUCUUUCUCUUGAGACCUCGCAGUGGAGAUGCCUCCUCUACCGGCAUCUCUUACGGCACAGGCAUCGACAAUGGCCUCGACCAACGUUAUCGCGUCAACAUCUUCGGAGACAUGGAAAGUGUCGAACAUGCCAAAACCAGGGCCUUGAUGAUGAUUGAUCAAAUUCUCAAGCACAAAAUCGAUGUCAUCAAACUGGAGGUCACCAUGCACACUCUGGUCUCCGGUCGCACAGGAAAGAACAUUAAAAUGAUCGAAUCGGCGACCAAGACUGCCAUCUACUUCCCGCCCCCGUUCCCCGGAGUCUUUGGAUACGUUCCACCACAUGCUACGCGCCGAGCGGCAGACGAGAUCUUCAUUACCGGAGAGACGCAGGAACGGAUCAACCAGGCAAAGCAGAAGUUGAAAGAGCUGGUUGUGGGCAUCAAGCUAUAUUCCAAGGAUGUUAUGGUUUCUGCCAGUAAAAUCGACAACAUCCUGCUCGAUCGACUGGACAAAGUACGGAAGAUCAUGGAGACCAACGGCUCUCACGUACUGUUCCCGCAACUCGCAAGUCAGCGAGGUAUGGUACGAGUCCAAGGCACGGACGUUCUGCACGUCGAAAGGACAGUCAAAGAGAUUAUGGCUUUGGCCGGGCAAUUCUUCAGUGCUUCAUGGUGGCUUAUAGUCCCCGAAUCGCCGCAAGGUCCAGGUAUCCGCGCCCCGUCACCCGAGGACGUUCGGAUCAUGUUGAGCGACAUCUGCACAAACUCGGGUGCAGAAAUCAGCUUCGAAAAGUUCACAUUCACCAUCAACGGCUCCGAUGACGCUGUCAAGGCAGCAAUGAUGGUCAUCAACCAAAUCCCUUUUGUCAAGAGAACGCCUCAUCAACUGAAGGUCAAAAUCGAACUUGCCAACGAGCACAAAGAGUUUGUCAGUGGUAAGAAGAACGGCAAGAUCAACAAGAUCAUGGGUCAAAGCAACGUCCAAAUCAUCUUUGACGGCUUCAAUGAAUACAACUUCUACAUUGACGUCGUAGGUAGUCAGUACGAAGCUGUGAAAACUGGUCUGGAUUUGGUGGAGCAGGAAAUGCCGGCAUCAAUCUCCUUCCAUGUCCCGGACCAGUACCACAAACGAAUCAUCGGGAUCGGUGGACAACACAUCCAACGCAUCAUGAAGAAGUACUCGGUGUUCGUGAAGUUCUCAAAUGCCAUGGACCGCGGGGGUGUCGGAAAGGAUGAUGAUGACAUCAAGGUCGACAAUGUCAUCUGCCGGACACCUGCACGCAACGCCCAGAGCUUGGAUAUGGUGAAACAGGAGAUCAUGGAUAUGGUCGAGAAAGCUGACGCCGAGUUUGUCUCCGAGACCGUGGUCAUCAACCGACUCUACCAUCGCGAAUUGAUUGCCAGAUUACCCGAGAUUGAGGAUCUUGAGAAGAAAUGGAACUGCAAGAUCGACUUUCCCAACACCGAGCAAGCCAGUGAUGUUGUCACCAUCUCGGGACCAGAGUAUCAAGUGCCACAGGCUGUAGACGCCUUCUUGGGAAUGGUUCCGGAGAGCCACGAGAUCGCGUUCCAGAAAUCAGACGACCUGGAGGCUUUCUUCAGCAGCCCGGAGUUCUACAACGACCUUCGCUGCAAAUUGAGGAGUCAGUAUGAGGUGGAUGUCCACUCAAAUCCGAAUCUCGGCAGCUUGCCGAAGUCUGCUACCGCUUCAGUGGAACGCUUCGUCAGCCCCUCCGAGGGGAGAUUGGUUCUCACGUACACGCGGAACAACGCAGGUGGUCUGAAGGAUGCCAUUGACUACCUUAUUUCGCAGCUCGUUCCUCAUGGUCUCGAUGCGAUGACUGUGAAGGGGGCCAUCCCACGGCCCAAGUCUGACUCCUUCGAAGACUCGCUCCCAUUCUUCGAUUCGAAGCUCUUGCAGCACGCCCCCUCCCUCAACACCGGCGAUUCUCCGACACGUUCGAGUUUUGCAGAUGGAGACAGUACCCCCGUCUCCGAACGUGCCUCUCUGUUCGACCGUCUUCGCAAGCCGGGCAGCAUCUCCUCCUUCUCGUCUUUUAUGAGCCGCAAAAACCAGAACAAUUCGCCAGGGACGUUCUUCAAGCACGCCUCUUCGAACGCCAGCAAGGCCUCGCUCAUCUCCAUGGAGAGUCGUGAGAGUGGUUACCGAAACUUUUGGAACGACAGCGGGGUCAACCUUGCCGAGGAAGAUGUUUCGGCUUCAGUCAGUGGAGGCUGGCCAACACGAUUUCACGACAACAAGUUCCCCUUUGGCACGGGGGGUGGUAUGCCUGGAGACCGGACACCCAAGCACGAGCCGCCCCGCGCCAGUUUUGACUCUGGAAGGCCCCCGACCUCCCAUUCCCUUUCAUCCUAUCCCGCUCCAAUUGGGCCACAUUACAAUCAGAUCCCAGGCGGCAUGAGCGGAUCCGCCCACAAUUUGAACCUGCCUUUGCGCUAG